ACAAGACAUUGACAUUAGCGGGUUCUUAAAGCACAUUCUAUCCCUUCAGCCGUCAGCUUGGGAAAUAGAUUCAAAGUGGCAGUCCAGAAGGAAGGAUUGGAGAACCAGUGGACUCCCUCUCACAAUUGGGUAAAUAAUAGGAACUGGAAGCCAUGGGACAAGCCUUGUAUGUCAGUAGCUGUGACCUGCACAUAGCCAGAAACAAUGAGGAACAUCACACCGAGGAGAUCAGCUCCAGGCGCCUCAUUGUUCGAAGAGGGCAACCCUUCACCAUCACCCUGCACUUCCACCCACUGGUUCGAGGAUUUAUUCGGGCUUUAAAGAAGGUCACCCUUGUGGCUCAAACAGGAAAGCAGCCUUCCAAGACAAACAGAACCAAAGUCAAAUUCCCAAUCACCAGCCAAGGUAACCCUAAAUGGUGGAGUGCAGCAGUAGAAGACAGAGAUUUCCAAACCUGGACCCUCUCAGUGACCACACCCGCUGAUGCCAUCAUUGGCCACUACUCCCUCCUGCUUCGGGUCUCUCGAAGGACUCAAUUUCCCCUGGGCCACUUCACACUACUCUUUAAUCCCUGGGGACAAGAGGAUGCAGUAUUCUUGGGGAAUGAGGCACAACGCAGGGAAUAUUUGCUGAACCAGAAUGGCCUCAUCUACCUGGGCACAUCAGAUUGCAUUCAGCCUCAGCCUUGGGACUUUCACCAGUUUGAGGUCAGUGUCAUUGAUCUCAGCCUGAGAUUACUGGAAGUAGAUAAGGAAGUCGACCAGUGGAGCAACCCUAUACAUGUGACCCGGGUACUUGGAGCCUUGCUGAAUGACAGAAAGGAGAGGAGUCUUCUGACCACACCCCAAACACAAGAUUCUGAGGACGAGAGAUUCCUGUAUAAGCGCCGAGGGAGCUUGCCCAUCCUUAGGCACUGGCUCACUGGCCAAGGGCGGCAGGUGCCUGAUGGGCAGGCCUGGGUGUUGGCAGCUGUCACCUGUUCAGUGCUGAGAUCCCUAGGUAUUCCUGCCCGAGUUAUCACAAUCUUUGACUCAGCCCAUGGCACAAGAGGAGCCUUGACUGUGAAUGAAUAUUAUGAUGAGAAUGGGAUUCAGACCGGAGAGGACCAAGAAAGCCGAAUCUGCAUCUUCCAAGUCUCAACUGAAUGUUGGAUGGCAAGACCUGAUCUGUCCCCGGGUUAUGGAGGAUGGCAAUUUGUGGACUCAGGCCUUCAUAAAGAUGGUGGAAGCAAUGUCUUAGUGACCUGUGAUCUAGUUCCAGUUAGGGCAAUCAAGGAAGGGGCUCUGGAACUGAGCCCUGUGGCACCAGCUCUUUUUGCCUCGCUCAAUGCUUCCUGUGUGGUCUGGAUAAAGGGCAAGGAUGGGACGGUGGUUCGGGCUGAUGCCAGCCCCAAAUAUGUGGGCAACAACAUCAGCACCAAGGGGGUCGGAGGGGAUCGUUGUGAAGACAUCACCCAAAACUACAAAUACCAUGAAGGAUCUCCACAAAAAAGAGAACUAUUGGAGAAAGUCUUGAAAGAGAAAGCUGAACCUGGGAAGGACAUCAGUCCAGAGACAUCGGGUCCUCUGCACAUGCUCUUGACUUCAUCCAGUUCCAUGCCUUUGGAUGGAGAUGUUGAGAUAGCCGUGAAGAUCUUUAACCACACUAAUGAGGAAAAGGAUGUAGAGCUGGUGAUAGGGAUUCAGGCCAUGGACUACAAUGGAGUAACCAACACCCAGCUCUACAAAAAGAAGUUACCCCUUACAUUUCAAGACAAUGAAGUUAGAACCAUCAGCACGAGCUUGUCUUCCUCCCAUUUUGGGCAAAGCCCUCCUGAGAACAGCAUCCUGAGAUUGACAGCUGUGGCAACCCACAAAAAUCCUGAGAUUAGCUACUUUGCUCAACGGGACAUUGCCAUCUGUAAACCAGAGCUCACCAUUGAGGUGCCAGAGACGGUAAGGCUGUAUGAACCUGUCAUAGCCUCCAUCUAUGUUCAGAAUAAGUUGGACUCUCCCAUGGAAGAUUGUGUGAUCACAGUAUUUGGAAGAGGACUCAUUUACAGAGACAGGAGCUAUAGAUUAGGUUCUGUCUGGCCUGGAAAUUCCCUCUACUACCAGAUCCAGUUCACUCCAACCCAUGCGGGGCUCCAUCGACUUACCGUGGAAGUAGAUUGCAACAUGUUCCAGAACCUAACAGGCUACAAGAGUAUCAAAGUGAUGAUGCCUCAGUCUCCAGCUUAAGUUUGCCCGAUGUUCCUUCCCGCCUUUAGCUCUGUCCAGAUUUAUGAAAUGACAGGCCCAGAAUCACAAGCUAGAGAUGAGCAUUACAGGGAGAGGUACAUGGCUUAAAUGAAAGUGUAACACAUAAGCUUCUCUAAUGUGUGAAUGUCAUUUCAGGAAGGGAAGGAAGGGGCUUCUCUCUACUCACAUCACUCCUAAUCCUCUAGUAUGAACAGAAUUGACCCAAAAGGGAUGAAUAAGGGGGCUCCAACCACGCUGGUCUAUGGCAGCCUUGGAAAUUAGAUGUCUUAUUAAUGAUAAAAUGAUGGUACCACCACCCCUUUUUUUUUAACAGAGUGCUUUAUAGUUUUCAGAAUAAAUAAUAAAAUAGUAUUAAUAAUAAUAGCAUUUAUAUAGUACCUACUGUGUGCCAGGCACUAUGCUAAGCACUUUACUAAUAUCAUCUCAUUUGAUCCUCACAACAACCUGGAGAGGAGAGGAGAGAGGAGGGGAAGAGAGAGGAUUGGAGAGGAAAGUCAGAUCUGUCAGUCUGACAUGUUCAGCAAAACAAAUUCUUAGGGAAUAUUUCAAAUUACUAUCCACAAAUUAGGUUUGGUGAUAAUUUAACUAUGAAUCAAUAUUGCCCCUGAUCACAAAUGACUUGUUUACUCUAAUACAUGUAAAUUGUAUGCGAUGUAAUAAUAGUGGAUAACAUUUCUAUUGAGCCAUAAUGUUUUAACAAAUGCUUUAUACACACCAUCUGGUGUGGCAAGAAGUCUAUGAGGCGGGUGAUCUUAUCACUCCCAUUUUAUAGAUGGGGAAACAGGUUCAGGGAGGUUGACUUCCCCAGUUUGGGUCCCACAGUUGAAGUCUGGCAUGUAGAACUA